GAAGGUAUGUGAGGCACCGUCUCCAGCGACGUCACACAGGAGAGCCUCAGAACACGGCGCCCUCAGGCGCGAUCCAACGCCGGGUCGUAGCGCCGAUUGAUGCUGGUCCAGCCCUGCCCCGUCUUCACUAUGCGGAUAUCCUCGUCCAGAUACAGCACCUCGAAGCGGCCGAAGGGCAGACUCAGCGGACCUUCCUGCUUCAGGCUGAGGAAGCCAGGCACAUCGAGGCCGAGCACCCUCUCGAGGAAAAAGCCCAGGCCCCUGAUGUCCAGCUCUACCGAGGUGGGCGAGCUCGCCCGGUAGGCCGUGAAGACCCGCUGCACCAGCCUGUCGCCCGAGGCGCGGUCCCCCAGCGGCAGGCUCCUCGCCAGCCCCGAGGGCACGUACUCGAUGACGUUGGCGAUCGUGCCCGACGCGGCGUCGAUCUCCUGCCCGAUGCGGCCCAGCUCGGACAGCGGGCCGGCGGGGAUCCCGAUGAUGUCCGGCGCAUCCGUGUAAUGAGGGUCCAGUUGCCGCCCAGCCGCGAGGUCGGGUCGCUGAUGGGGCUCAGCGCCGAGAGCGCCGAGACCAGGCCCCCCACGACGGACCUGGAGAACCCAGGCGAUCUACUGACACCGCUAUUCCCGGGGCGCCCUCGGACCAGCACCUGAGGGCCUCUCAGGAGGUCCAAACGAGCGAAAACGAUCGGGUCACCGUCGCUGAUGGGGCUCAGCGCGGAGAGCGCCGAGGCAAGACCCCCCACGACGAACCUGGAGAACCCCAACGAUCUACUGCCACCGCCACUCCCGGGGCGUCCUCAGGGACCUCCGCACGACCACGUCCGAGGGCGCAGGGGAGGAGGCGGAGGAGGAGGAAGAAGAGGAGGAGGAGGAGGAGGAGGAGAAGGAGAAAGAGGAGGAGGAGCAGGAGGAAGAGGAGGAGGAGGAGGAGAGCCCCAGGAGUAGCGGUGUCGACAUCUCAGGGCCUCCCAGGAGGCCCGAAGCGAGGCGAGAAAACGAGGCGGAAGGCAACGGCAUCGGCACACCUUCUCUUCACCAAAAGGUACCGAUACCGCUGCUCCCAGGACCCCGCCCGGGGUUCGGUUUCUGACCAGGAUCACGAGGCAGCGAGGCAGCGAGCGCGAGGCAGGCGUGGAAAUACCUCCUCGCCUGGCCUCGCCCGCCCCCUCUCCUCUUGUCCCUUUCGCCCGCUCUGGGUCGUGGGUGGCUGGUGGCAGAGAUUGGGGAAACCAAAAAGGUAAUUGAAAAUAGGGCUGCUCCCGGGACGCGUCUUGGCCAGGGUCUUGAGGCGAAUCCAGCGGUGACGACGAGGGCCUCCCAGGAGGCCCCCAAAGCGGGACAACGGGCAAAGGGGUAGAGGUAGGGGUACUUGUUUCGCACGAGCACGUCCGAUUGG